AUGAACACCUCCAUGGAGUCAGAGUUUGUGCUGCACUGUGUGGUUGAUUCAAGUCAGAGGAACUAUACGAUUGCAGCUCUCAUCUUCAUUUACUUGAUAUCAAUUUGUAGCAACCUGCUGGUUUUUCUGGUCAUAGUGCAGAACCAUCAGCUUCAAACGCCCAUGUUUCUUUUAAUUGCAACUCUUGCAAUACUAGACAUACUGAACAGCACUAAUCUUAUUCCACGAAUGGUAGCCGCCCUCAUUUCAGAUUACCUUGCUGUCCCAUAUGGACCUUGCAUUCUGCAGAUUCAUGUAGAAGCUCACAUUCUGGCAGUCGGAACUCUUACUUUAUCUCUCAUGGCAGCUGACCGCUAUGUUGCUGUCGUUUAUCCCCUCAGAUACCCUUCAGUGAUCACAAAUCAAACAGUCUUGGUCUGCAUCUUACUAAUCAAUGUCAUUGCAGUUAUAUUCGUCAUACCAUUGACAGUUCUUUUGACCGAACUUCCUUUUUGUCAAGUAUUCUUUAUACCUAGAUCUAUAUUAGACCGAAUCACUCUGAAAUUCUAUGUCAUUUGUAAAAUGCUCGAAUCUCCAGAGAUGAACACAUCGGUGGAAUCAGUUUCAGAGUUUGUUCUGCAUUGCACGGUUGAAUCCAGCCAGAAAAACUACAGAAUAGCAGGUCUCAACUUCAUGUACUUGGCAACACUUUCUAACAACCUGCUAGUCUUUCUGGUUAUAAUGCAGAACCAUCAGCUUCAAACACCUAUGUUUCUUUACAUUGCAACUCUUGCAAUAUUAGACUUACUGAACAGCACUAAUAUUAUUCCGUGA